AUUGUGACAAAAAGAACAUGAAGUAUAUUGAAUUAUAUAAGCUACUUUCAUGAGAAGAUAAGAUAAAGUUAGAAGAAAGAUAUUUUGCGAAGGACAUUUUUGGCACGUCCAAAUUUGUUUGGAAGAUACAUGAGGAAGUGGAUUUUUAGUUGGGUAGAGAGUGGACGGCCAAUUAAUUUAGCAUUGAAAAAAUGUGCACAGUUGAGAAGCGAGGCAAUUUCUUUAUCCUGACACUGACCGGCGACGACGACCACCGUCUCAGCCCAUCCUUAAUCAACUCCAUCCUUAAAGCCCUUUCACAAGUCAAGGCACAAGCCUCCCCCGCUUCAGUUCUCAUCACAACUUCCCAUGGCAAAUUCUUCUCAAACGGCUUUGAUCUCCCCUGGGCUCUUGCCGCCGGUUCUGUUUCUGCUGCCCGUCAUCGCUUAAACCACAUAAUCGAGAUCUUUAAGUCUGUCGUUGCCGAACUCAUUUCCCUUCCUAUGCCUACAAUUGCUGCCAUUACAGGACACGCCGCAGCCGCUGGCUUUACAUUGGCACUGAGCCAUGACUAUUUGAUCAUGAGGAGCGAUCGGGGUGUCCUGUACAUGCGGGAGUUGGAUCUGGGUUUAACUCUACCUGAUUACUUUAUGGCUCUGUUUAAGUCCAAGAUAGGCUCCAGUUUGGCUAUGCGCGAUCUGAUCCUGAGGGGGAUGAAAGUGAGAGGUGAAGCAGCAGUGAGAAUGGGCAUUGUGGACUCUGCACACCACAGCGAGGUCAGCGUUGUGAACGCUGCAGUGCGGCUUGGGGAGCAGCUGGUGGGAAGAAAUUGGGAUGGGGAAGUGUAUGCUGAAAUCAGGAAGAGUUUGUAUCCUGAGAUCUCUGAGGUGCUUGGGUUACCGGGGAAAGCCAUAUCCAUUUCUAAACUAUGAAUAAUGAGAGUAAAUAUGGUAUGAAUUUAAGUUCCUGAUACCAAGGCAUAUGUAUUGAUACAAUUGGCUGAGAGAUAUUGGAAUCUCAGUCCAGUUCAGUUGUAUGUUCAUAAAUUUCAUAAAGAUGUACACAAUAAGAUUCUAUCAGACAAUGAAUGAAAAGUUGACGCUCAAUACAAUACUUAACAAAUGAA